UGUUGUGAGCACAUGCAGCAUUCUUACAGGCUAUUGAUCUAUCAUUACUACUAAUUAGUUGUGUUCACAGCCUAUCUGUUCAGGUUUACACAACCAAAGACAAUUGGACUUGGAGAUUGUGUGAUAUCCUGUCGAUUAGUUUUCUUUUUCUGCACCGAGUGUCGAAAGGUUCGCAAGUUCUAGUGGUAACUGAGAUCUUGGAGGCACGCGCUUCACAGAUUGAUUGGCAGACCAUUAGCACUACAGUAUGGUUGGUAUAGGAGCUUAACAAAAAUGUGUUAAUUAGUGUUUGUUGCAGCCUAAAUAAAGGAGCCUGCCUACCUGACUAAAAUUGCUAAUUACUAACAUCAUACAAGAUAACAAGGUAAGAAUGGACACUAGUUGUUGCAUGCUUCAGGUAUCAGAUAUUGACCAAUUACAGGAAAAAGUGGGUUCAGGUUCUCUUUGUUGUUUUGUUCUGUAAUAACCUGAGUCUCCCGCUGCUAAAACUUCAAGAUUCGAAGUAUGCAAUUACUUGAUUCAGACUGUAGAUGUGUGCGACUCUACUAGUGUAAGCACACAAUAUACCCCUUAUAUAAUUACAACAUAUCAAGAAAUCAUUAUGUAGUGAAAGUAGCUGUUGAAGGAGCGGAACCGACACAUCUUUAAUCAAGAUCAGCUCCAUCUAGUCGACGCGGUGACCCUUGCUCAUGAGGACUUUGCCCUGUGUUGCUUGGCUUUGCUUGUACACUAGUCUGAUCGCCUGUAGAAAGUUGCUUGUUUGUUUUGGCUUAGGAGGAUAUUUAAGCACUACUUUUUCUUCCUACUCAAGUGAUUUGACUUUUCUGCUUAUUUUUGCUUGCUGUGGCAUAAACUUUCAUGCGGCGGUUUGUGCUAACGAACUUCCUCUCCUCGUUUCAUGAAUGAGCAGAGCUCUUGCAUCUUCUGUGCUUAAAAAGGGAAAGUUGUUAUGGUGAUUUGUGCUAACAAACUUCUUUCCUCUUUUCCUUCUUUGUGCUUGCUUGCUGUGGCAAGCUGUGUAACAAACUUCUUUUCCUACUUUAAUGAAUGGGCAGAGCUCUGGCAUCCUUGCUAAAAAAACGUUAUGGGUACAUGAAGGAAAAGAGUAGCAUCGCUGUAAUAGGCCUCAGUGUACACACAGCACCAGUGGACAUGCGUGAAAAACUUGCUGUUGCAGAGGAACUAUGGCCCCGUGCUAUUUCAGAACUCACCAGUCUGAAUCAUAUUGAAGAGGCUGCUGUUCUUAGUACCUGCAACAGAAUGGAGAUAUAUGUGGUGGCUUUAUCAUGGAACCGUGGUAUUAGAGAAGUAGUAGACUGGAUGUCAAAGAAAAGUGGAAUCCCUGCUUCCGAGCUAAGGGAGCAUCUCUUUAUGCUGCGUGACAGUGACGCCACGCGCCAUCUGUUUGAGGUGUCCGCCGGGCUUGACUCUUUGGUUCUUGGAGAAGGACAAAUCCUUGCUCAAGUUAAACAAGUCGUUAGAAAUGGGCAAAACAGCGGGGGCUUGGGAAAGAACAUUGAUAGGAUGUUCAAGGAUGCAAUCACAGCUGGAAAGCGCGUCCGCUGUGAGACCAACAUAUCAGCUGGUGCUGUGUCUGUCAGCUCAGCUGCGGUUGAAUUGGCCAUGAUGAAGCUUCCAAAGUCUGAGUGCUUGUCAGCUAGGAUGCUUUUGAUUGGCGCUGGCAAGAUGGGAAAAUUAGUGGUCAAACAUUUGAUUGCCAAAGGAUGCAAGAAGGUUGUUGUGGUGAACCGUUCGGUGGAAAGGGUGGAUGCCAUCCGCGAAGAGAUGAAAGAUAUCGAGAUUGUGUACAGGCCUCUCACGGAGAUGUACGAAGCCGCUGCUGACGCUGAUGUCGUGUUCACAAGCACAGCAUCCGAAUCCUUAUUAUUCACGAAGGAGCAUGCGGAGGCACUUCCUCCUAUUUCUCUUGCCAUGGGUGGUGUUCGGCUUUUCGUCGACAUAUCCGUCCCAAGGAAUGUCGGCGCGUGUCUAUCCGAAGUGGAGCACGCACGGGUAUACAACGUCGACGACCUCAAAGAGGUGGUGGAGGCCAACAAGGAAGACCGUGUGAGGAAAGCAAUGGAGGCCCAAGCAAUCAUCACCCAAGAACUGAAGCGGUUCGAGGCCUGGAGGGACUCGCUGGAGACGGUCCCAACCAUCAAGAAGCUGAGGUCGUACGCCGACAGGAUCAGGGCGUCCGAGCUCGAGAAGUGCCUGCAGAAGAUCGGGGAAGACAACCUCAACAAGAAGAUGAGGAGGUCCAUCGAGGAGCUGAGCACGGGCAUCGUGAACAAGCUCCUCCACGGCCCGUUGCAGCACCUGAGGUGCGACGGCAGCGACAGCCGCACCCUGGACGAGACGCUCGAGAACAUGCACGCCCUCAACAGGAUGUUCAACCUCGACACGGAGAAGGCGGUCCUCGAGCAGAAGAUCAAGGCCAAGGUAGAGAAGACCCAAAGCUGAGGACUGUCCGUCUGUAUAUCUAUCUACUUAUACCACCCCACCCCCAGAUAGAAUGUCGCUACAUUCUAAUCCCAGUACAGUAUUUUUUUGAUCCUCCACUUACUGCUGAGUUGUUGUGCCGUGAAUUAGCCUCCAAAUGUGUUGUAGAGAGGAGCGGCGAAGCAUGUUUGCUCCAAAACUGCCUGCCUGUGUACAUUAGUUACUGUGGCUGCUGUGCUUAGAGCCCAAUUUUCAAGCUGUACUAUAAUACUUACUCUAUUGGACGAAAUAAACAGGAAUAUAUCAGUGUGUUAA